AUGCGCAUCUUUGCGCCCAACCCUGUCGUGGCCAAGUCCCGGUUCUGGUACUUCUUGACCCAGCUCCGCAAGGUCAAGAAGGCCAACGGUGAGAUCGUCAGCCUCAAUGUGAUCGCCGAGAAGCGCCCCACCAAGGUCAAGAACUUCGGUAUUUGGCUCCGCUACGACUCGCGCUCCGGUACCCACAACAUGUACAAGGAGUUCCGUGAGAUGAGCCGUACCGACGCCGUUGAGGCCCUCUACCAGGACAUGGCUGCCCGUCACCGUGCCCGUUUCGGCUCCAUCAGCGUAUGCAUCCUAUCCGACUCUCUGAUUCCGAAUCCACUGUCUAACCCGUUAUCGCAAUAUAGAUCCUCAAGGUCGUCGAGGUCGACAACGCCGAGAACAUCCGCCGCCCCUACAUCAAGCAGCUCCUCACCAAGGACCUCAAGUUCCCUCUGCCUCACCGCGCUGCCAAGCCUGCUGGCAAGAAGAUCUUCGCCUACUCGCGGCCAUCUACCUUCGCAUAAAUGUGAUGUUAGGGGUUUUGGGAGUAGGAGUGUGUGGAUGAACAAUAAUGAUACAGCCAUAGCAUGCAAUGAGGACAUAAAGCACGCAGAGAACACAGCGUGUAUUUACCACUCAGAAAAUGGGAAGGAUGGUUUUGAUGUCACUCUAGUCCUCUGCAGCGACGGUUUUUCAAGUUUAUAUCACAAAAAACAAAACUUGGGGUUUCUUUUCUCGGUUCAUGAUUUUUCCCGGCCAUGGUGUAUACAAUGUUUGAAUGAUGAUGUAGCUUUUUUUCUCUUCUCUUCGAUAAGUAGAGAGUAG